AUCAUGAUUUUGGAAGGAGCUGGCAGGAUGAGUAUCAAUUCCAGCAGCAAUCUACUCCACCAGCAGCCUUCUUGGACAGACGGAUAUUCCACAUGCAAUGUAUCCAGUAGCUUCUAUGGAACCCAGUGGCACGAAAUACACCCACAGUACUGGACUAAGUUUCAAGUCUGGGAGUGGCUGCAGCACCUCCUUGAUACCAACCAACUGGAUGCCAACUGCAUACCUUUCCAGGAGUUUGAUAUCAAUGGGGAACAUCUGUGUAGUAUGAGCCUGCAGGAAUUCACUCAGGCAGCUGGGACAGCAGGACAACUGCUUUACAGCAACCUCCAGCACCUAAAAUGGAAUGGUCAGUGUGGAAGUGACAUGUACCAAUCUCAUAAUGUCAUUGUGAAGACAGAGCAAACAGAUCCAUCAUUAAUGGUAUCCUGGAAAGAAGAGAAUUAUCUUUAUGACAGUGGCUAUGGUAGCACAGUAGAGUUAUUGGACAGUAAAACAUUCUGUCGUGCUCAGAUUUCCAUGAUGACACCUAGUCACCAAUCUUCUGACUCUUCAGAUGCAAAAAAAUCGCAAGAUCAUACCCCAAAGUCCCACACCAAGAAGCACAACCCUCGAGGAACUCAUCUUUGGGAAUUUAUUCGAGAUAUUCUUCUCAAUCCUGAGAAAAACCCAGGAUUAAUCAAGUGGGAAGACCGGUCAGAAGGUGUCUUCAGAUUUUUAAAAUCUGAAGCUGUGGCUCAGCUGUGGGGAAAGAAGAAAAACAACAGCAGCAUGACUUACGAGAAACUCAGCCGGGCUAUGAGAUACUAUUACAAAAGAGAAAUCCUUGAGCGUGUGGAUGGUCGGAGAUUAGUAUAUAAAUUUGGAAAGAAUGCCCGUGGUUGGAGAGAAAAUGAAAAUUAA